AUGGCUGGACUUAUAAAUUUUGAAGACGAGAAGGAAGUGAAGCAGUUUUUGGAUAAUUUAGGCGUGGAGUACAGCUUCCAGUGCUACAAGGAGAAAGAUCCUGAAGGGUGCCAAAGGCUCGCUGACUACUUGGAAGGGGUCAAGAAGAACUACGAUUCGGCAGCACAAGUGCUCAAACAUAACUGUGAGACGCAUGGGCAUGGAGAGAGCUGCUAUAAACUCGGUGCUUACCAUGUCACCGGCAAAGGUGGAGUCACCCAGUGUCUAAAAGCAGCCUACUCUUGUUUUCUGCACUCCUGCAAUUCUGGAGGAAAGAAGUCUGUAGACGCUUGCCAUAAUGUUGGUCUUUUAGCCCAUGACGGACAAGCUAUGGAAGGAGGACCUGACCUGAAAGCAGCUCGGCAGUACUAUGAGAAGGCGUGCGCAGGUGGAUUCGCUCCUUCCUGCUUUAACCUCAGCGCUUUGUUCAUUCAGGGCAAUUCCAAAGGGCUGGCAUCAGAUAUGGCUCUCGCUCUAAAAUACGCUAACAGGGCUUGUGAGCUGGGACACGUGUGGGGCUGUGCCAAUGCAAGUCGCAUGUACAAACUUGGGGAUGGUACAGAAAAGGAUGAAAAGAAAGCAGAGGAGCUGAAAAAUCGAGCAAGGGAGCUGCAUGGUUUACAAAAGGAAAGGCAGCUUAAGUUUGGGGAGUAGCACACUUUUGUUGAAUUAUCGUUGUUUUGGUUUAGAUUAUUUGUUAGAUAGUUUGUUCAAAUAAACCCACCUCGUUCACAGGGUUCAAAGAUUGAAGAUAAUAUAUAUUAUUUUUAAAAACAUGAUUAAGUGCAUCAGUACAUUCAAAACAUUUGCAUAAAAAUAA